CAGGUCAAUGCAUUGAUGUUAUCAAUUUAUCAUCUUUUUUAGAAAUUCCUCCUUCUGAAGCAUCUGGGCACAUUUCAAAUUCUUUCUACCCCAGAACAAAAGGUCUUUAAUUUAUUCUUUGUGGGAGGAGGAUGGUGGUUAAUCAGGCCUUGUGAACUCUGAAAAGUUGAAGGGUAGCCAAAAAAUGUCUAAAAAGGUCUUCACAAUGAAGGAUGAAAAUCCAGAAUUGCAGAAGCAAAUUGGGUGCAUCAGUGGCUUUUUUCAGCUUUUUGACCGCCACAGGUUCCUCACAGCCCAACAAGGUAGCAGCCACAAUCAGAACAUACAAACUAAAGGUGGAACAAGGAACCAGAUGAAAGAGGUGAAUAAUACAACUCAAAUGGCAAUGGGAAAGAAUGUGAAGGUUGCAGGAGAGAAUCAACAAUUCUCCACAGAAUCAUCAGGAACUUCAAUGUCUUCAUCUUCUCGUUCAUCUAGCAUGUCAUCCCUGGAGUUCAGCAGAGCAAUUCAGAUAGAACCACCAUCAAUAAUCAGUCCAAUGAAAAUUCCAGAGAAUUCUAAUCCAGAAAUAGAAGUGAAGCAACAUGGCAACAAAGGCCCUCACUCCCUUGAUUUCUAUGACAUUGUGAAAGAUUCAAUGCAUAGAGAUGUUCAAGGAUUGUCUGUAAAAAUUGUGGCUAAAGGGGAAAAGAAAGGUAGAAUCUUGAAACACGUUGAUUCUCCCAGGCCUUUGGAGCCCCCAAAACCUGUAAAUAUGGUUGCUUGGGAUUCACCGAGACUCUCUUAUGACGGGAGGGACACACAAGAUUCAUUAAAGUCUGCUAGAAAACCUAAGGAACUCCCAAGGCUUUCCUUGGACAGCAGAGAAGGAUCCAUCAAAAGCUUCAAUGAAGGAACAAAAUGUCGUGGCCUUCUGAAGGGUCUACAGAAAGGGUAUGGUAGCUCUGGCACAAUGUUUAAGCAGCUGCAGGAACCAGAAACUUCUAGAAGAUCAUCCAGUGUUGUAGCAAGGUUGAUGGGACUAAAAACCUUCCCAGACUGUACAGAAGCCUGUGAUACUCAACCACGGAUCUAUUCCAGCAAAAAUGAGUCAGAUGCAGAAUCUUGCACAAAUGAGAGUGCAUCAAUGAAAGGGUCUACCUUUCUUCAGUUUCGGAGGGAUGCUUCAAUCCUCAAUGCGACACCCUAUUCACGGUUUUCCCUAGAAUCUGAAGCAAGCCAAGGUUCUCAAAUACAUGUUUCCAAGAGAAGUGACUCUUCAGUAAAAGCAUCAAACCAAUCGCUCUCUGUAUAUGGGGAGAUUGAAAAGAGGAUAGCAGAUAUAGAGUUCAAAAACUCUGGAAAGGAUCUCAGAGCGCUUAAACAGAUUCUUGAUGCAAUGCAGAGAUAUGGGUCCUGCGCCUAA